AUGCUGCCGUUAGAGAAGCUCUUGCUCGCAAUGGCGGAGCAAGGGCGGCCAUGCCAGCCACCUCUGGCAUGGCGCGCCACGUCUGCAGCUACGUUAGGCGCGGUCGGCUUCCUGUGCAGGAGCUUUCUACAUGCGCUCAACAGGACUGAGACUACAGGCCUCGAUCGUUUUCUCAGCAUCCUCGAUGAGAGAACGGAUGAGAGAAGUAGGACCAGAGGCUUGAUCACAGUCUCGAAUCAUGUCAGCGUUCUCGACGACCCGAUGAUAUGGGGAGUUCUCCCGCACAAGUACUUCUGGAAUCCCAACAACAUGCGAUGGUCACUGGCCAGCUUCGACAUAUGCUUCAAGAAUGGCCAACAAAGCCUUCUGUCUGCCUUUUUCACGUAUGGCAAUACAUUGCCCACCCAUCGAUCAGCUCACUCAAGAUUCGGGGGACUUUUCCAGCCAACCAUGACACAAUGUAUUCGACUACUCAGCGAUCCUCAUGGCCCGCGAGAUCAGCUUGCAGAACCUGAUGCGAAUGAAGACAAGACAUCUUUUCCAAGUACGGAUCCGUUCUCGUCAUUGGAGCUAUACUACUCAACAAAUGGCGAAGACUCCUUCCCUGCACCAGCAGCAUACCCAUCUCGUCGUCACAGCUGGAUCCACAUCUUCCCAGAAGGCAUGAUCCACCAGCAUCCUGACCGAGUAAUGCGCUACUUCAAAUGGGGCGUUGCACGAUUGAUUCUCGAAGCCGAACCAUGUCCGGAUGUCAUACCCAUGUGGAUUGACGGACCACAGCUUGUCAUGGACAACGAACGAGGCUUUCCGAAGCCACUUCCACGGAUAAACAAAGAUAUCAGCAUCAACUUUGGCGAGCUUGUUGACAUGGAGAGGGUUUUUGGAUCUUACCGAGCAAGGUGGAGGCAGUUGCAGGAGCGUGCGAGGCGGAAGCGACUCGGCUUCUUCCAGCAUGUCAACGAUCACGAUGUGGAUCACGAGGGGGAACUUGGCGUGGUCACCGAUGAUGAGCUAAAGUACGGGAGGGAAGCAGAGCAGCUGCGUAUGGAAGUCACCAUGGCCGUCAGAAAUGAAGUGCUCAAAGUACGACGAGCGUGUAGCGGUUUGCCAGACGAGGAUCCGAAGCGCAGCCUGGCCGAGACUUGGAGAUCAGAAGCCAGCACCGCCAGAGAAGGACCGCAGAAGGAUGGCAGCUCCCUGAAGGAUACUUAA